UUUACCUUUCGGCUCAAGCAGUUCUUCCUGGUUCGAGACCGGCCAGCAACCGCAGCGCUCCAGAAUCCAGCGAUGCCCAGCGCCAGCUCCGUAGCCUUCGCCGCACCCGCCGCCGGCUCUGGUUGGGCAGCUGGCCUGAGGGGCGCCGCGCGGGCCGCCGCGGCGCACGCGACCCAGCCGGAGGGUGCUCGGCGCCGAGGCCGGCGCCGCCUCGCCCUGGCUGCUCGGCUCUGCGGCCCUGGUCGCCGCGUCCGUGGCCGGCGCCAGGAGGCCAGCCCGCGGCUCGCGCCGCGCGCUGCCCGCAGCGACGGUCGCGGUGGGGGAAGCGCCCGCGGCCGCCGCAGAGGAGGCCGUGGAGCCGCCUUCGACCCCGCCAAGGCGAUCGGCGUGACGGCGCCCCCGGGCCGCUUCGACCCGCUCGGGUUCUGCCAGGUCGGCGAUUACGAGGGCUUCCACAAGCUCCGCAGCUCCGAGCUGAAGCGCGGGCGCGGGGCCAUGAUGGCCGCCCUCGGGACUGCGUUCCAGCACUCCGUGAAGCUUUCUGGCUUCGAGGGCACUCCUGUCGGGCUUGGGGCGCUCAUAGAUUCUCUGGCGUGCUCGGGUUCGCCUGCCUUAUCCUCCCCAUCGCCGCGAUCACGAAGACCGUGUGCUGGGAGGACGACGACCUGUCCAAGAAGCUGGGCCAUUUCGGGGACCCAGGCGACUGUGUCGGGCUCUUCGGCGCCUUCGGCGGCGGCUGCAGCGAUGAGAUCGGAACAAGGAGAUCAGCAACGGCCGCAUGGCGAUGUUCUCGAUCGUGGGCAUCGUGGUGGCAGAGCUCGCCACUGGCAAGGACGGUAUCCAGCCAUUCUGCCUCGUGUCACCUGCGCCCGAGGCUACGACCGCUGCAGCAGCAGCGGCUGCAGCGGCGGAGCGCGCAGCUGGCGGCAGACGCCAGCGGGCGCCCCGGACGCAUUCUCGCGUCCCCUUCGGGGCCUGCGCCCUCACUCCUUCGCGCCUCCGAGCUUCUUGGGGGCACCUUCGUUGCCAUCGCUGCUCGCAACCUUCAAGGCAUGUUUUCGCAGCGCGCCUUGUUCUAGAAGAAAGCAAAGUUUAUCUCGGCGCCCGUCGGAUUCCGCGCAACACCGAGCUCCGCGCUCGCCGCUAAUCGGGCCCUCCCCUCGUUCAAAAGGGUCGGUCCCGACGGCGUCCCCGCCGAGCUCCUGA